AUGAAAACUGUUUACUUAGGUACCGAACGAUCAUCACUUGUUGAACAUAUUAAACAAGCAAUGAAUAAUGUUCAAUGUAUUCGUCAAACAGGAAAACAAUUUGAUAGUCGUAAUGCAUUUAUUUCAAAUACAUUUUGUCGAUCAGAUGAAAUAACACAAACACCACUUGGUUUUUGUUUAUCAGAUAAAUUUGAUGAACAUAAAACUAAUAUACAUAUUCAACGACAACAAUCUUCUUCAAUUAUGGGUACAAGUAAUGGAUAUUAUGUUCAACAAUUACUUAACACUAAAUUUAAUAAUAAAAAAAUUAUAUUAAAUAAUGAUACAGAUUGGUUAAUGAUAUUUAUAGCAAGUAAAGCACGCCUAUUUUGUCGACGAUUAAAAGUAUUUGAUCCAAAUCGAUAUCCAUCACUUGAACAAUGGAUUAUAGUAAUUAAUUGUCUUUGUUCAAGUUUAAUUGAGUUUCAUUUUGAUGAACCACAAGCAAAUCAAGCUUUGUGUGAUUAUCUCGAUGGUCUUUCAUUGAAAGCAACAUCUUUUGAAGAUAGUCAUCCAUGGAUGGCAUCACGAUAUUUAUCUGCACAAGAACAUGUUAUUCGUGCAUCAGCAUCAUUACGAAUUAUUGAAAUAGCUAUUGAAACUUUAAUUGCCUAUAAACGAACAUUUCAUACAUUUGGCCAAGCAGAUAAAAUAUUUUUUGACAAUUGUACUCGAAUUAUUGAACAAACAAGAGGUACAACAAUAACAAAAAGAAUUUAUAUUAAUUUAAGUACUGUUCAUUCAGCAAUUUAUUUUGUGAAUACUAGUAUAAAACAAUUUGAAAUUAUGUUUGAGCCAACAUUAAGUACUGGAACGUCAAAUCACGAUCUUUCAUCAUCUCUAAAUCAAUCAUCAACUUGUGAUUAUCCAUGGUUGAUACAAUCAUCUUCACCAUAUCCUCCUCAAUCAAUAUCACCAUCAUCACCAUCAAAACGUUUAAAAACAAUGAUCGAUUCAUCAUAUUUAAAAUCUUUAGAACUUGCUCAUGAACUUUUACUUUUUCCAUUUGUUGCAUUUACACGUACAUCAGUUUAUUCAAAUUCAAAAUUAAAACGAAAUGCUGCAUAUCUUGAUUGUGUUAUUGAAGAAUUAAAAAAAUAUCAACUACUUAUUAUUGUACGACAAGGUGUACAAAUGGUUGAUGGCACACGACGACGUGUUGAUCUCAUUGUUAAAUGUGCACCUAUAAUAAAAGGCAAUCAAACAAAUAGUAAAGAACUACGUGAUACAGAUCUUAUUGAACGUUUAAAUCGUUUUGGUGUUGAUUAUGAUCGUUAUAUUCAAACAUUAGGUACACUUGAUAUAGGUGAAAAAUAUCGUUUAUCUGAACAAUGUUUUGAUUUAUUAAAUUCAUCUGAUUAUAAACGACAUUUAACAAUUGAUCUUGAUCGUAUAGCACCAUUAAAUCGUGUACAGCAACAAGAAGAAACAAAUGAUUUAUGGAUUUCAUCAUCAUCGUCAUCAUCAUCAUCAAAUAUUAAACUCGAAUCAACUGAUUUUCAUGUUUAA